AUGCUGGUCGGCCGGGCCAAAGAGGAUCCCCCAGAGUCGUUCUUCGAGGGCACGAAGAAGGACACGCUCUGGGAGCGCUUCGUGGCCUUCUUCCGCGAGGCCAGCCGGGGCCCCAUGCCCAUCAGGCGGCUCGCCGAGAUGCCGCGCCUGCACCAGAAGUGGAAGAUCACCGACUACCACUUCGACCGCUUCAUGUACCACGUGCAGGCGUGCGUGCGAGAGGCGAGCGGCGCCGCCGGGGGCGCGAGGCUCGCGGAGGAGGCGGAGCUGAUGCUGGGCCGUCUCGAGGUGAUCCGCCCGUGGAUCGUGGUCCACCAGGCGCUGAUUGACGACGUGCAGCCCGAGCUCCCCCAUGUGACUAUACCAGAGGCCUCCUUCGGAGUUGCCCCCGCGCCGCUGGAGCAGCCUCUGGAGGUGAUCGUCGAGAGCGCCUUCCGCCUGGCUCGGCAGGCGCCUGGCCUGCGGGACCUGGUGCAGGGCAGGGACAACCCAGCCCCCUGCUCCAGGACCGGGGUAAUCUACUGCAUCUCGCGCUGCGUCUCGCGUUGGUGCACAGGGCGCAAUGAGGGGGACCUCGGCGAGAUGGACGACGUGAGGGAAGCGCACAGGACGUGCUUCGUGACCAGCUCCAACUUCGCCGCGCUGCGGGGCUGCUUCGAGGUGGCCAUGGAGCAGCUGUGCGUGCAGGCCGAGUACCGGGAGAAGGUGCGGCGGGCGCUGGACUGCGUCGAGGACGCCGUCACCGGCGGGCACGCCAGGCGCAGCCAGGCCGCGAGGCGGGCGCUGCGGGCGCCGGGCGGCCAGGCGCGGCUGUGGGGAGAAGUUGGGGAGCAGCACUGCGAGCAGAUCGUGCAGAAGUGGCAGCACGACAUGAGUUUGGACCCGAUGCUCGAGCUGUUCUUCGGCUCCAUCAGCGACGCCUCGAAAGAGAACCAGGCCAAGUACUUCCUGGCCCUCGUUAAGGGCGCUCGGCUGCCCGAAACGGAGCGCACCCUCCGGAGAGUGCACGAGCACUUGCGGAUCGAGGCACACCACUUCGGGGCGUUCAUCCGCUGCCUGCGAGGCGUGCUCGAGAGAGAGAUCCAGGACGAGCGCAUCAAGCAGGACGUGGCGGAUAUGUUCGUUGAGGCCAUGGAGGAGCAGCGGCAGGCGGUGCUUGGCCUCCCCGCCGACGGCGGCCGCGCGAGCAGGAUCGGCAAGCUGCAGACGACGCCUGCUGUAGAGCUGGCGCUGCUCGCGGUGGUCGAGUUGAUUGCCCACCUGGCCCUCAAACCUGCGAAGUGCGUGCUGACCCCCGUCUCUGGCCCGUUCAUUGCUAACCUGAAAGACCAGGUCCAAAAGUUCCUGAACAUGUUUAUCCCCGAGUGGUCCGCUUUUCGCAUCGAGCCGAAACUGUUUUACCUUGGGAUGUGGGUUCAGGAUGCGCUGUGUGUGUGGGCGUCCGUGGUAGACCCGCCUCGGCGCUUCCAGGAGGAAGAGCAGGAGCUGGUGAAGGAGCAGUUGUGGCGGGAGUUGCUCCCAGGGAGCGCAAGACACGGCUUCGCAGGACCAGAAACCUUCCACUCCGACACCGAAAAACCGCCGUACACCUUAGCCCGCCCCGUGGACGUCGCCAUCAUAGGCGGUGGCCCGUGCGGCCUCGCGACCGCUGUCGCGCUCUGCAAGGCGCGUUGCCUUCGAGGCGCCACGGUGGAGGUCUUCGAGAGGGACGCCUUCGGCCCAAAGGGAGCGUCGAUUCAGAUCUCCGAGCCGGGCUGGGCGGCGCUCACGGCCAUCGACGCAGAAGCUGCACGGCGCAUCCGAUUGACGGGUGCCCCCGUCACUGGCGUCAGCAUGCGAACUUUCAGCGGCGUGAGCAUCACACCUCUCCCGAUCCGGCUCUUUGGCCUCUUAGCUGGCUGGUUCUUCUGGGGCUUGAGCCGUCUCGGCAUCCGUCGCGGGGUGAGUCAGACCCACUUGUGGCACGAUGUCCGCGAGGUCCUGAGACAGCGCGCCGCCGAGUGCGGCGCCGCGCUGCGGCCAUCGAAGCACCUCGUCGAGGCGACAGAGCAUGACGCCGCUGUGCGACUGCGCUUUGGCGACGGCGACGCUGUGGAAGCCAAGGUCGUGCUGGCCUGUGAUGGCACGCGCUCCGCGUGCAGGCGGCUGCUGCCGUCGGAGCCGGACGACCUGCUCGUCGACGAGCGCAAGUCCGUGUGGCGGGGCCAAGCGGCGGGCCUCGACACAGGCGGCGAGGCCAUCUUCUUCAGGGACGACGAUGCCACAGGCGCUUCAAGUCGUUCUGGGCUGGUCUUCCCCGCGGGCUCUGGGCAGGGCUCGAGCUGGUCGCUCAUCGCCGACUCGGUCGAGGGCCGCUCGGAGUCCUCGGAGGAGGCGCGCGCGCGCCUCGCCGCUGCGCUGCCCGAGACGCUCGACCCCACGUUGCGCGAGGCUAUCGACGCCUCGCCGAUCAUCAUCGAGGGCAAGCUGAUGACGCGAGACUUCACGAAGCCGUGGUCGAGCGCCGCACCGCGCGUCGCGUUCCUGGGGGACGCGGCGCACCCACUGCGCCCCACAGGCGAGGGCACGGCGCUUGCCCUGGAGGACGCAUGGACGGUCGGCAAGCUCGCUUCUGGCGCGGCCACCGCCGACGCCUUCUGCAGCCCCGAGACGCUUCGCGAAUACGAGGCACUGCGUCGCGCGCGCGUCGAGGCCGUGUCGGAGGCUGUGCGCGCAGCAGCCGAUCGUUUCUACCAGAAGGAGAGCGGGUCAGCGCGGCCCAUGUCGGUCCGCGAGGUCUCCGGCGAGAGCGGCGUCGGCAAGACCUCCCUGCUGCGGGCCAUCGCCGGCCUCUGGACCCGCGGCGGUGGUGUCAUCUCGCGGUGCUGCGAGCGGCGAACGUUCAUGGUCCCGCAGCAACCUUACUUGUGCCUCGGCUCCUUGUGGGACAACGCGGUGUACCCAGGACCAAGUGGCGACGCCGAGCCCCCAGGCGAUGACGAGGUCGUACAAACGUUGGAGCGCGUCAACCUCGGGCACCUUGUGGUCAGGCACGGUCUCCGCGCGGCGGCGAACCUGGAGCUGCUGCUCUCAGUGGGCGAGAGGCAGCGGCUGGGCUUCGCGCGGGCGUUGCUGCGACGGGACUUGGACCUCCUGCUGUUGGAUGAGGCGACGUCCGCGCUGGACGGCGCGAGCGAGGAGCGCAUGUACUCGGCGGUCCGCGAGCACGUCGAAUGCUACGUGUCCGUCGGGCACCGUGCCGCGCUGGAGGCCUUCCACACCCACAAGGUCUCUCUGCAGCGGAUGCCGGACGGGGGCGUGUCGGCCACCUUCGGGAGGAUGCGCGAGCAGCACUGUGGCCCAGGAUCGGGCAGAUUCGUUGCGGUCGCGGCGACGCAGCUGGCCCUGGCGAAGCGAUGCGGGGCCGCGCCGCUCGCCAUGGCGGGGGCGGCCAAGCUGUCGGACGACCUGAGCCGCAGCUUCGCCAAGGUCUACGAAAAGUUGCGCGACGGCAAUCAUGUCUCCUCCGCGAAGGCCGCGGAGGUGUUGGGCAGCCUGGAGGCGAACACACGCGCCCAGAUCUUCAGGCUCGCGGACCUCGAUCGCGACGGGCGCCUCUCGUUGCGCGAGUUCGUGUACGCCAUGUGGUUGGCCGAGUUGGCCAAAGGCCCAGUCCCUCAUGGCGGAGGCCCUGGUGAAGGCGAACGGUGACAACCUGAGCGUGGAGAACGCCAAGCAGGCGAUCGACAUCAAAAACGACCACGGCGAUGUGAUCUUCCUCCCCGCUCAAUUGGGCGGGGGGCUUUGGGGGGUACGGCCGGUAAAGAUCUUCGAGCAAGACAGGACGACCCACCUCCUCCGGGUCGUGAAGGGAGCGCAGG